AAGAGUUGUACACGGUCGUUCCACGUAACGUGUGCAAAUGCGGCAGGCAUGGAUAUGCGCGCCGAAAUAGUGGAUAAUUCGAAGCGUGAUGGUGGAAGCGAAGUGCGAUACACUGCAUUUUGCCAUUUUCACUCCACAGGUUUCAUGAAGUACGCAUUCAAAUUCAUCCAGAAUUGUUUAUUUGAAAAAGAUUUUUUAUUAUUUGAAGUUGAAGAGAAAAUAAUGAAGUAG